AACGAAAACAAUGCUACGAAAACGGACCACGAUAUGGAUGACGUUCAUUGCACUAGCAGGUGUAGGAUUGUGUUUAGCACCACGAAAACAGACUGCAAAGGGAGAAGGGAGGGAGAAGGGUUGGACCAAUACCGACAGCACCGAGCACAAUCCUCCAGCGGGUCUCGCCAGUGGACCAGUAUCUCCCGACUCGAGCACAGUGCUCGUCCGGUUCCGUUGCUUUCUUCUUCCAUCCGAAUUUCCGCCGGGCCGGAGGUGGGACGCAAACCAUGUGCGAACGCCCUUGACCAUCUUCCCAGCCGUACGUUACACCCCGCGUUUCCCCUUUUGCUGACGAGUACACCGCCGCGAGUUCGGUCGGUGCUUUCUGAUUGAAUUGACAUUCAAGUGACAUUCUCGUGCCAGUGCGAACGUCGGCCGCCUCCGCCGUGCAAAGGAAAAGUUCGUCUCGCCAGUCGACACACACACACACACGCGCGCACGCAAUCACGUACUGUCGGGAGCUCGAGACGGGUACGGGUGAAAAUUUCCCCUCGCUCGCUCGAGUUCUUCUCUCAUUACUCCCCCCCCCCCAACCCCCUUCCGUGCUUCGAAAAGAAAAAAGGAAAAACACAGUGUUCCGAAAAGUGCUACUACUUGUUUUACCCAAACGAAUCGAUUUAAGUUGCCGAAAUCAAUCAACCUUCCUGUGGCCAGCCGCCGACCGUGUGCAAGAAAGAAAUCAACCGAAGCUACAAUCAAACCUAGCCAACCUUUUUUUUGGAGUCGACCAAGUGGUCGGGUGACGUGAAUCAUCCCACGAGUCAGUGAAACGAGAGGACAGCCUAUCCGCCCGAUUCGCUUACCAGCAGGCUCCUCCAGCGUUUCUCGUUUCCAGCGGCCAGGAUGCGUAGCCGAAGCAAUUCCGGGGUUCGCCUCGACUACUACCAGCGGAUCGUGCAUCGGCUGAUCAUGCGCCACCAGCAACCGGUGACAGGGCUGUUCCCGGCCAGCCCCCAAACGCAGCACGCCUGGAUACGCGACAACGUGUACUGCAUACUGGCCGUCUGGGGGCUGUCGAUGGCGUACAAGAAGAUCGCGGACCAGGACGAGGACCGGGCGAAGGCGUACGAGCUGGAGCAGUGCUGCGUGAAGCUGAUGCGCGGCCUGCUGAUGGCGAUGAUGAACCAGAAGGAAAAGGUGGAGCGCUUCAAGACGUCGCAGAACCCGCUCGACUCGCUGCACGCCAAGUACUCGAGCCGCAACGGCCAGAUCGUGGUGGGCGACAGCGAGUGGGGCCACCUGCAGAUCGACGCCAUCUCGCUCUACCUGCUCAUCCUCGCACAGAUGACCGCGUCCGGGCUGCAAAUCGUGUUCUCGCUCGACGAGGUCGCGUUCAUCCAGAACCUGGUGUUCUACAUCGAGUCGGCGUACUGCAUCCCGGACUACGGCAUCUGGGAGCGGGGCGACAAGUCGAACCACGGCCAGCCGGAGCUGAACGCUAGCUCGAUCGGCAUGGCGAAGGCGGCCCUGGAGGCGAUGAACGAGCUCGACCUGUUCGGGGCGCGCGGCGGCUCCGGCUCGGUCAUACACGUGCUCGCGGACGAGGCGCAUAAGUGCCAGGCGGUGCUGCAGUCGAUGCUGCCGCGCGAAUCUAACAGCAAGGAGCUGGACGCGGGCCUGCUGUCGGUGGUCGGCUUUCCCGCGUUCGCGUGCGACGACCCGCAGCUGAUCGAGACGACGCAGGAGGCGAUCAUAACGCGGCUGCAGGGUCGGUACGGCUGCAAGCGGUUCCUGCGCGACGGCUACAAAACGCCGAAGGAGGACAACACGCGCCUGUACUACGAGCGGUGGGAGCUGCGCAUGUUCGAGAAGAUUGAGUGCGAGUGGCCGCUGUUCUUCUGCUACCUGAUACUGAACAAAGCGUUCCAGAACGACAAGCAGGCGGUGGCGGAGUACUCGCAAAAGCUCGAGGACAUACUGGUGAAGACGGAGGAGGGCAUGAAGCUGAUACCGGAGCUGUACGCGGUGCCGGAGAAGGCGGUGGCGGCCGAGUACCAGGCGCCCGGCAGCCAGCAGCGCGUCGUGGUCGGCCGCUGCCCGUUCCUGUGGGGCCAGUCGCUCUACAUCCUCGGGAAGCUGCUGCAGGAGGGUUUCCUUGCCGUCGGCGAGCUGGAUCCGCUGAACCGCCGACUCGGGGCCCAGAAAAAGCCGGACGUGGUCGUGCAGGUGGUAAUACUGGCGGAGGACAACGACAUACGGGACAAGCUGGCGGAGCACGGCAUCCAGGUGCAAACGAUCGCGGACGUGGCCCCGAUCGAGGUGCAGCCCGCCCGCGUACUCAGCCACCUGUACACGUACCUCGGGCGCAACAAGAAGUUGGGCCUGUCCGGGCGCAAGUCGCGCGACGUCGGCAUACUCAGCACCAGCAAGCUGUACUCGCUCAAGGAUCGCAUCUUUGCGUUUACGCCACAGUUCUCCGACGUGAACCGAUUCUAUAUCGCGUCCGACAACGAGCUCAUGAUCGAUCUGCUAAAGGGCGAGAUCAACUUUCUGAAGUCAGCGUGGCAGAAUCUACUCGGCCGCCCGCUGCUGACGCUGGUGCUGAAAACCGUACAUCUAGAUAACAACAAGGUACCGCUGGCAAUGAUCCAAACGAUGAAGAAGCUCAAGUCGGGCUACAUCAGCGGCACGCGCGUCAUCCUUGGCAAUUUGGGCGACUUUAUCAACACGUCCGCCAUCACGGAUCUGAGCUUUCUCGGCAGCCAGGAGGACGGCUACCCGGACAAAUUGAAUCCCGCCGUGCAGGCGUACCUGGACGAGCAUCUGCUGCGCUCGUUCAGCCACCGGGCGUCGACCACCUCGAUCCGGUCGUCCGGCCUGCGGCCGAAAAAUCUGCGCCGCCGCAUGUCGGUCAAGGGUGCGAUCAAGAAGACGCGCUCGAUCAACGUCGACUCGGAAACACUCGGCAUGGAGGGUAAUGUGACCGAGCGACGCCUGUCCCACGUUACACCCCAGUGGCUCGAGCCGAACCAGACAACUGUCGGUGCUGCUGGCGCUGCUGGUGCUGGUACUGGUGCUGCGACCACCGGGCCAUCCGGCGGUUCGCCAACAUCGCGAGAUCCUUCCCCGAACACGCAGGCCCAGCAGCAGCAGCAGCAGCAGCAACCGCGGUACGGUACGGAGCGUGUGUCGCUCGAUGACGACGGCAAAAAGCUGCACAUCCAAACGUCGGCAACUGCGGCCAUGCCAAAGAUACACAUUCAGCCGCUGCCGCGCCACCGGCCCACCACGGAGACCAACUUCGAGAACACCGAGGUGGAGGAGCUGAUUGCCAUGCUGCGCGAGACGGAGAAUCUCGAGGAGCAGGGCGACAUACUGCAGCAUCUGGUCGAUACGCAGGGGCUCGACUUCAACACCGAGUUAACUGCGGGCGUUAAUGAAGAUUCCCCUUCCCAAGGCAUGCUGGAGGAGGGCAGGGUAGUGACGGUGCGCGGUCUGCUGAAGGGCCUGUACGAGAAGGCGUGCCAGCAGAAGAUGUGGGGCCUGGUGCGCCACACCGCCGGCAUGCUCGGCAAGCGGGUCGAGGACCUAGCGAAGGCCGUUACCGAUCUGCUCGUGCGCCAGAAGCAGGUGACGGUCGGCAUGCCGCCGAACAGCGAGCACACGAUAACGGCCCCGCUGCCCGAGAUGGAGCUGCGCGCGGUCAUCCACGAGGCGUACGGGGACGACGAGAGUACCGCGAUGCUGUCCCAGGAGCUGCUCGUCUAUCUCGCGAUGUUCAUCCGCACCGAGCCGCAGCUGUUCCACGAGAUGCUGCGGCUGCGCGUCGGCCUGAUCAUCCAGGUGAUGGCGAAGGAGCUGUCCCGCACGCUCAACUGCGACGGCGAGCAGGCAUCGGAGCAUCUGCUCAACCUGUCGCCGUUCGAGAUGAAGAACCUGCUGCACCACAUCCUGAGCGGCAAGGAGUUCGCGAUCAACAGCGUCGCCCGCGGCAACAUCUCGAUCGUGAGCUGCAAGUCGAGCCGGGUGAGCAAGAAGAGCCAGAUCGGCAUCGGCGAGCCGGAGGCGGCCGAGGGCUCGCUGAUCGACGACCGGCAGGGGCAGUGGCUGCGGCGCCGCCGCCUCGACGGUGCCCUCAACCGGGUGCCGCGCGACUUCUACCCGCGCGUCUGGACGGUGCUGGAGCGCUGCUCCGGGCUGGCGAUCGAGGGCCGCAUCCUGCCGCAGAGCCUCACGCAGGAGAUGACACCGAACGAGCUGAAGUUUGCGCUCGAGGUGGAGACGGCCCUGAACACGAUCCCGCAGCCCGAGUACCGGCAGCUGGUGGUGGAGGCGCUGAUGGUGCUGACGCUCGUCACCGAGCACAACAUACUCGCGUCGAUCGGCACGAUCAUCUACGUCGAGCAUCUGGUGCACCGGGCGAACCAGCUGUUCCUGGAGGAUCAGCGCAAAAGCCACGGCGACGCGAUGCUGUGCUGCGCGAAGAACAAGGACGUGCGGGAGACGACCACCGCCGGGCUGCUGCUGUGCGGCGGGGCCGCCUACAUCUGCCAGCACCUGUACGACAGUGCGCCGAGCGGCAGCUACGGCACGAUGACGUACAUGGCCCGGGCGGUCGCCUCCGUGCUGGAGCUGCCGAAGCACGGCGACAUGGACUGCACCAUCUCGUAAGAUGGGGGUGGGCGGGCGAUGCGUGGCGGCUGUUUUGUUUUCUUUUUUUAUAUUUCCGUUCAGCUGUGUGUGUCUGUGUGUUUACUUAAUCGAAGCGAGAAGAGGAAGGGAAAAAAGGAAGAUGCUUAAUUGAACCCGGGGGACCUCUUCCUGUGUGCUCCGCUCUACCCAGCACACACACACACACGCACGCACGCAAUCGCGUUGUUAUCAUCGCGUCCCGAUUAGUCGUAGUUGUUGUUGUUUAUGCUCUUCGAGUGGAGGGGGGGCAAAGGGGGAUGAUAUAGAUAGGAAGCAGGCUGUUGUUACAUACACCCGCUCGGUAGGAAUACUCUCUCUCUAAGGGCACGGGAAGGAGGAUGGCUCUGCGCUGGACAGUAAAGUUUGUUAUAGGAAGCGAUCUGAUUUUUUGUUUAUUUUACAAAUUCUCCCCCGCCCCACCCAACACGAGGACGACAAUUUAUAGAUUAGAAGCGUAUACACUAAGCAAUAGCUGUAUCUCUCCCUCGCUGCUCUCUCUCUCCCGCGUGUUAUCUCGCUCUCUUUCGCUUUCUGUUGUACAUGUCUUUGCUGGGGUUUUCCAAGUCACUUUCGAAUGUGAAAACACUGGUUUUCACCAUGUGCAAGAUGUUAUACGCCGCACUGAUAUUUUAAUUUCUUCAGCAUGAUUUUCAACACGCCUAUAGCUGGAUUGAGGUUUGACAGUUCUUUGUGAUGUGUUUGAAAAUCGUGUGUUAAAUCUGAAAUUUCAUCAUGAAGCAAAUACACCAUUGGACAGCUGUUGAAAAACAUCUUGGUGAAUAAUUAUGUGCAAAUUAGAAAAUGACUUGCAUCAGUUUACAUUAAUUACAAAUAAAACACUCACUAAAACCACAAUACAGGGUUUUUGCUGCAUCAAUUUCCAAUGUCAACAACAGCUGUUUUCAUUGCUUGCGAGAUGUUUUUCAGCAGAUGGCAAAUGUUGCAUUUGCAUCACAAAACUUUUUUCAGUGCUUUCGCAUGAUUUUCAAAACACAAUCACAAGCUGGACUGAGUUUGACAGCUCGUUGUGGUGGGUUGCAAAUCAUUUGGAAGAAUUGGAUUUUUAUGGUGAUGCAAAUGUAACGCGUAACAGCUGUUGAAACACAGCUUGCAAGCGAUGAAUAAAUGCUGUGCACAUAAGCGAAUGGCUUGGAAAACCCGGUGGAAAUUGACUUCAAACGCGUGUAUUGUUUCAUUACUCAUUUCUACCAAUUGAAUUUAAGGUGGUUUGAAAGGAGCAAUGAAAUACAAUACAAUUUUGAAAACAUUGUAAACAUCUUGAUGAGAUGCGGCUUCAAACCGCUGUUUAAAAAAACGAUGGCAAUAGACCCAUGAAGUGUUGAAAUUCAUGCUGAAGAAAUUAAAAAUUAUUUUGAUAGAAAUGAUAGAUCAGAGCGAUGUGGAAUAACAUUUUGAACGUGUUGAAAAACAAUGUUAAAAUUUAAAAGUGACAUGGAAAAUGCUGCAUCAGUCGCGCGAAAAUCCAGUCCUUUUUGGGCACAGACACCGCUCCCUGAAAAGCUUCUUCCUGUGAAGGAUACCAACCACCUCCCACCAUUGUUUCAGUCUCUAUCUCUCUCUCUCUCUCUGUUCUAUAAAAAUAAUAAAAAUGACAUCCCGGAUUAAACGGGCUAAACUCUAGGGCAGAGGGCAGGGGAGCGAGGUUAAAGAGAUAGCAUUCGAGAUACGAGCAAACCAAAUAUAAAAAAAGGUAAACCCCCCCUCAAUGAAAUGAUGUAUGUUGCAAAAAGUUAAAAUAGAAGAAAAAACAAAGCACUAUAUUGUUCAAGUUA